UUUCCACACAGGGAGGAAUCUCGAGUGUUGCUUGUGCUGUGGUUGGGGAGGCAAACGGACGUGAACUUGGCUGUGCAAAGGGGGUUUUCUCUGCCUGUUGCCUCCCGGCUGUUGUCUGUGCUGGCAGAUAACGUGGGGACGCAGGCCGCCACCAUGCCCGACUCACCGGCCGAUGUGAAGACACAGUCCAGGUCCACGCCGCCCAGUAUGCCUCCACCGCCGCCAGCCGUCACACAGGGAGCCACACGGCACCCGUCCUUCACACCAAACACCAAUCGAGACGCUGGCCCUCCGACGUUUCUGCCUCGCGGCCGUUUUCAUGGUUGCUUGAAAUGGUCGAUGGUCUGUCUUUUGAUGAACGGGAGCAGCCACUCACCAACCGCCAUGAACGGGGCCCCAUCCACCCCAAAUGGGUUCAGCAAUGGGCCGGCCACCUCCUCCAGCGCCUCCCUGUCCACACACCAGCUCCCCCCAGCCUGCGGUGCCCGGCAGCUCUCCAAGCUCAAGCGGUUCCUCACCACACUGCAGCAGUUUGGCAAUGACAUCUCCCCCGAGAUAGGGGAGCGGGUGCGCACCCUGGUCCUGGGGCUCGUGAAUUCCACACUCACCAUCGAGGAGUUUCAUGCCAAGCUCCAGGAGGCCACCAACUUCCCACUGAGACCCUUCGUCAUCCCCUUCCUCAAGGCCAACCUGCCGCUGCUGCAGCGGGAGCUGCUGCACUGUGCCCGCAUGGCCAAGCAGACCCCGGCCCAGUACCUGGCACAGCACGAGCAGCUGCUGCUGGAUGCCAAUGCCUCCUCUCCCAUUGACUCCUCCGAGCUGCUCCUGGAGGUGGGCGAGAGCGGCAAGAGGAGGACACCAGACAGGACCAAAGAGAACGGUUUGGACCGAGACCCUCUGCACCCCGAGCACCUCAGCAAGCGGCCGUGCACCAUGAGCCCGGCUCAGCGCUACAGCCCCAGCAAUGGGCUCAGCCACCCUCCCAAUGGAAUGGGGCACCCCCCGGCUGCUCCCCCACUGCCCCAGCACUACCGGCUGGAGGACAUGGCCAUGGCACAUCACUACCGUGAUGUCUACCGGCACCCUGACCCCCGUGAGCUCCGCGAGCGCCAGCGGCCAGCCGCAGUGCAUGGGGCUCGGCAGGAGGAGGUGAUCGACCACCGGCUAACUGACCGGGAAUGGGCAGAGGAGUGGAAACACCUCAACAAUCUGCUGAACUGCAUCAUGGACAUGGUGGAGAAGACACGCCGGUCCCUGACGGUGCUGCGGCGGUGCCAGGAGGCCGACCGCGAGGAGCUCAACCACUGGAUCCGGCGCUACAGCGAUGCCGAGGACAUGAAGAAGGGCACCCCCCCCUCCGCCCGGCCCCACAACAGCUCCUCCGCCUCCGAGGCACCCCAGUUAGAUGCUCACCGGGAGUUCACACCUCGGCCCCUCUCUGGGUACAUGCCCGAGGAGAUCUGGAGGAAGGCUGAAGAAGCCGUGAACGAGGUGAAGCGCCAGGCCAUGUCGGAGCUGCAGAAGGCAGUGUCGGAUGCCGAGCGGAAAGCCCAUGAGCUGAUCACAACGGAGCGAGCCAAGAUGGAGCGAGCCCUGGCCGAGGCCAAGCGCCAGGCGUCCGAGGAUGCCCUCACCGUCAUCAAUCAGCAGGAGGACUCCAGCGAGAGCUGCUGGAACUGCGGGCGCAAAGCAAGCGAGACCUGCAGCGGCUGCAACACCGCUCGCUACUGCGGCUCCUUCUGCCAGCACAAGGAUUGGGAGAAGCACCACCACGUCUGUGGGCAGACCCUGCAGGGGCUGCCGGCCCCCACUGCCCCCAGCACCGCUGUGGGGCUGCCACCGGGCCCGGGGCAGCCCGAUGGGGUGGCCACCAUCGCCAGCAGCCCCAGUGAGACGGGCUCGGUGUCCGCAUCCCGUGCCGGCACACCGGCAACCCCAGCUCCGGUGGAGAGCGCAUCCCGCUGAGCCAGGAUGGGACCAAUGCUGCUGCCACCGCUCUCCAAGAGACAUGGACUGCACUCGAUGCAAUCUCCUCAGCUACCUGACUCGUGUGACCUCCAAAACGACCUCUCUAGCUCUUCACAAAUAAUCCUCACGGAUCCUCAAACUGGGCUUUAAGUGGAGUUAAGGCAAAUACCGAUCUCUGUUCUCUCUUCAGUCUUUGUUUUGGCUUCUUUUUGUUUCUUGGUUGGUUUUCUAUCAGUUGGGGGAUUGUGAUUUGGAUAUUUUUGGGUUUUUUUGGGGGUUUUUUUUGUCCAAUUUUUGCUUUCUGGAGGAGGGAUGUGGCUGCAGCCUCACCAUGGAGUGACAUGGGGAGAGGCCAGCUUGGUUCUGGCCCGUACUGGCACUGCCAAGGGGCUCACUUGCAGAAGGAAAGAAACUUCUUUUCUUCACAUCUCUUAAUUUUUCCCCCCUUUUUUUUCUUUUUUUUUUGUAAAAAAAUAAAGAAAUAAAAAAGAAAACAUCAAACUCUUUGGCUUUAAGUAAGAAAUCGUAAAAAAAAGGAAUAAAAAAAAAGAAAAAAAAGAGAAAAAUCCAAAAACCAGACGACGCCAAGUCAAGCCGCGCGACGGACGCUCACCUGUAACUACCUUGCUAGCUAGCCAAGAACAGACCAGACUCACCUCUGCUCCAAAGGAAAUCCAAAACCAAGGAAGAUCCAAACGUCUCUCCACUGCCAAAGUUCGUUCCGUUCUGUCGUCGCUCCCUUCCCUCCCCGCACGGCCGGAUGGAGGUUUCCAUUCAAUAAAGCAAAAAAUGGGUGUUUUUCAAGCAAACCAAGUCCCCGCGCUGCAGGAGGGGGAGACGGUGGCUGAGAACCGCAGCCGGAGCUGGCACAUCUCUACCUCUGCCCGCCGCCGCCAUGGAAAAAGAGUUAAAAACAGAGAUUAAAACGACCGAUUUUGGGUUUCUCCCUUCCCAAAGCUGUUGGGGGUCACCUGCAGCCGGACCCCCCCAACCCCAUCAGCCCUGUUCUGACAGGCUGCUCCCAUACCCCGCACUGGAUUUGUUUCACAUGGAUUUGGAAGAGGAAGAAGGAAAGGAAAGGAAUGCGAGCAGCACCAAGGACGAUGCCGGUUGUUGUGUGCUUCUUGCACCAUUGUAUAGAACGCAGAGGACGGGAGUGCAAUACGGAAGGUCGCCCGGCUCCGAGAGGAGGGAAGCCCCGUAUGGGGCAGGAAUGCUGUAUGCUAAUGUGAAUGUAAAUAGUGUUUUGCAGAGGUCCAAAAAGAUGCUGAUAAUAACGAUAAUAAUGACGAUAGUGAUAAUAAUAAGAGACAUUUGCCAAACGAAGGAUGAUGAGAACACGGUUGAGGCCGUGGUGUGGGGGAGCGAGGCUGGAUGGAGGCGAGGAGCAAUCGUGUGCUCCAUAGGAGAUGGAAUUGUUCUGCAUCUGCAAAACCAUCCUGUGUGUUUUCUAUAGGGCAGGAGGAAGAGGGAAGGGCUCCGGGCCGGGUCUGUGGUGUUAUCAGUCACCCAGGGGCCCAUGUCACUGCAGCAGAGCUUGGUGCAUGGGGCACCACCGAGGUGAUGGUCCUGGACCUGUGCAACCAGCACCGAGCCCUGCUGUGGGGUUCUGUGCACCCCAAGGUCUCAGUGGGUUCCUUAGGGUGGUUUCUGUGCGCCCUGAGACCUUGGCACAUACCCCAGGGGGUUUCUGUGCACCCCAAGGUCUCAGUGCAUCCCCCCAGGGGUCUCUGUGCAC